ACUAGUUCCCUCCCUCUGAACAAAAUCCACCCUCUCGUAAGGUCUGUAAUGUCGAACCUUUUAAUACACAAUCCAAUCAUCACAAAAUCAUGUUCAAUUCCAACCUCUAGAAGAUCCACACCAUGGAUUUACCCAAUUGCGUUUAUGCCUCUCCUGCGUCCGCCGCAUCGGAUUAUUGGCCCCAGCACUUGCUAUGGCAGGAACUCUAUUAUCAAAUGUAUGGCGAACCCUAGGAGAGUGAAAAUGGUGGCGAAGCAAAUUAGGAGAGAGCUUUCUGAUAUGUUACUCACUGACAAGGUUUUGCAAUAUGCGGUUUUGCCCGAAGCAGCUUUGGGCGCGGAUAGAUAUCUGUCCUCACUCACUACUAUCAGUGAUGUUGAAGUUUCAGCUGAUUUGCAGGUUGUGAAAGUAUAUGUAUCUGUUUUUGGCGAUGAAAGAGGAAAAGAAGUAGCACUGGCUGGUUUGAAGUCAAAAGCAAAGUACGUUCGAAGUAAACUAGGGAAACGUAUGAAGUUGCGGCUGACUCCUGAGAUUCGUUUCAUAGAAGAUGAGUCUCUAGAACGAGGAAGCAGGGUACUUGCUAUAUUAGAUAGUAUAAAGGAUGAAAAUGAUAAGAAAGCUACAGAAGGUCAAGCUGAGGAUCUGCAGGAUUCAUCCAGUCUAAGCAAUGAUGAGUGGGAGGGUGAUGACCCUGAUGAUGAAGGCAUCAUUUAUGUAAAGUAAUUUUGUGCAGUUUCUCAGAACUGGUACGAGUUUGAGAUCAAGCAUAUUUGCUUCUUCACGGGGUUGAAGCUUAUCAUCAUUUGUUCCUUUAAAGCAUCUCCUUCAACCUGUUCGAGCAAUGGAGAUUUAACGGAGUUCUCAUCUUAUUUGAUCCAUCCAGACCGGAUGCAAGAAGAAACCUUUGGAUAUAUAGGUAGUUCAUUUUCCUUGCAAAGCAGAAAACCCUUUGUAAAAUGUGCUCUCUCUCUGAACAAAUAAUUAUUACCGAGAAUUGCUCGUAAAAGUUUAAAUCAUUCAACAUCCAGUAAUAUUCCAUACGUGCCUUGAUUUAAUGCUAUGUUAGGCCUCAAAUAUUUGUAACUGAAGGCUUUUUUAUUUCAUUACUGAUGGACAAAUAUUCUUUUAUCGACAUUAUCAAUUAUAAUGUGAAAAUUGUCGAA